ACUGUAGAAUUUAUUUGGGGAAAAAAGAAGGAAAGGUAAAUAUGAAGGAUAGCCUCUGUAUUUGGUGUAGUUUUUAAAUUGUAAUCAAAAAAUGUAUUUUAUUUUUACUGCAUUGAAGAAAGUGCAAGUAUCCAACGAGAGAGCCAUUAUGGUGCAAUGUGAAAUAAAGAGAUAAUAACAAACAGCCAGAGGGGCUGAUAACACAAAUACAUGCAACAAUGACACAUUUAAAUAGCUGUCGAGUGUGAGAUUAAAUUUAUAUAUUAAAAAAAAUCUUUAGCGAAUAGUGGGAAAUAUUUUGUUUUAAAAUUAAGUUUCUAUUUAUGUAAAUAGAACUUCACCAGAAGAAUCAAUGAAUUAAAUAUUAAGAUGUCGUAUUGUACUUUCUUGAGGUUUUGAAAUAGAGAGGGAUGUUUUUUUUGUGUAAACAUCGCUGCACUUCCGGCUUCUCAGCCACCUGACCAGCACGGGACGUGACGUCACCCAGGUGUUCAGCAGGCGCUGUAAAGAUGUGAAAAAGCAGAAAAGGUUCAAUGAUUGACGGAUCUUUGUUUUUUCUAUGUAACUCGUGGUUACAUGGACGGAGCUGCUUUCUGAGGGUUCUGCUGUUCGGUACUUUAAGUUCGGCCAAACCGAAACCGGAUCACCUGCGGGACUACUUCACGUGCACGAGCAGAACUGCACUUUAAUCUAAUGGAAGCUGCAGAUUCUCCACAGGGGAGAGAUGGAGCUGGUCAGAGGCGCUCCCCCCUCGAUGUCCUCAUGAGUCAGAUCCGCAGGAAGCGCUCAGACAGGAAGCCACUGGGCCGCUUCUUGUCCUGGACCUCGGAGCGGACCGGGACCGGGACCCCUGAGGAUGAGCCGGACUGCAGAGAGGAAACCAGACCGAGUCCAGCACCUCCAGAGGGCGAGCGGGACGUGGGCUGGGGGCGAGUGUGUGCCUUCCUCCAGAAGCUGGGGAAGAAGGCCGACAGCCGCAGCCUGAGUCUGGCCCACUGUGACCUGACGGCCACAGACCUGCUGGAGCUCGCCUCUUUGCUGCAGUCUCUCCCGCAGCUGGAGGAGGUGGACGUCUCUUGGAAUGACCUGAUUGGUGGAAGUCUGAUGGCGAUUACCUCACACUUCCAGCUGGUGAGCGGGGUCAGGACGCUGAGGCUCUGCGGCUGCAGGCUGGACGGGGAGGAUGUAGCCGCUCUGGGUGAAGGUCUCGGCUGCACUCCUCUGCUGGAGAUCCUUGACUUGUCCUGGAACAGUGGUGUUGGAGGGGGCGCUCUGCAGAACUUGCUGGGAAGACUGCAGCCUCCUCUGAGAGAGCUCCACCUCGUGGCCUGUCAGCUCACAGAGGCAGACUCCUCAGCAUUGGGGGGAAUGGUGGCCACUCUUCCCAGACUCUGCGUUCUGGACGUCUCCUGUAACCCCCAGCUGGUAAAGGAUUCAAACGGUGCAGCCUUCAAUCAAUUUGCAGCCUCGCUCUCCCAGGCCACGCCCCUCACCACGCUCCGCCUACAGGCUUGUGGUCUGACUGCAGAUAGUCUUGCUGCUCUUGGCACCUCCCUGAGCAGCCUCCCCUCCCUGCGAGAGCUGGACCUGUCCUGCAAUAAACACCUGUCCGGAGGACUGAGCCACCUCACCUUCUACCUGGCUCAUGUGGCACACCUGGAGAGCCUGGACCUGCACCUGUGCGCGCUCACGCGUGCGGACCUGGAGGCUUUGAUCCAGGUGCUGCCCACCCUGACGGCGCUGACGCAGCUCGACCUGUCGUCCAACAAGGAGGUGGGGGGCGUGGUCCAUCCGCUGGUAUCCUCCCUCCCACUGACCCAGAUGAGGCGGCUGCCGCUCAACAGCUGCAGCCUGAGCCAGGAGUCCUUCACUGCUCUGACUCUGGCGGUGCCUCACCUGCGCAGCGUGGACGUUUCCUGGUGUAAAGUGGUCGGCGGUCGCCUGGCGCUGCUGCUGGACGCGCUGCAGCCGUCGGUCAUCGUGGAGCUCCGCCUCAGCAGCUGCCAGCUCAGCGCCGACGACCUGCAUCACCUCGCUGCCGUCUGCCGGCGCGGCUCCCUGUCCUCUCUGAGAGUUCUGGAUCUGUCCUACAACGGCUCGGUGGCCGAUGACGGCUGGUCGGCCGUGCUGGCAGCCGGAGGUCUGGCCUCGCUGGAGGACCUGGACCUGAGCCUGAGGCCGUCAGCGUCUGCUUCCUGCAGCGCCUGGCUUCCCGUUCUGAUCCGCGCCCUGCCUCAGAUGCCGGCGCUGACCCGGCUGGCACUGCAGCGGUGGACCGCUACGUCCCAGGAGAGAAGGAGGCUCAGCCACGGCACCAAGAACAGAGCUCUCUUGGUGGAGUGGGAUUCAGACGUUACAGACUCCACGCUUCAGUCGAGCGGUCACGACACACCUGAGGAGUGAAGGCCGGCCCCCAACGACCAGGAACCACGCCUGUCCUCCUCCAUCACCUGCAGGACUCCAACACUUUUCCAAAUUUCCUUUACCUCGAUUUUAGUUAAAUGUAAUCACAGGGAAAAUCCAAUCCAUGACAUUAUUGGAGAGAAGGAAUCAAAAUGAUUGAGUGAAACAUCAAAGGAAGUUGGAAACAGUUUUUAUGUGAACAUAAAGUUCCUCACAUUUGAUUUGACUUCAGACUGUGAUUCAGCUGAUGAGGAUGAAGCAUCUUCUGUCUAAAUCAGGAGUGUCAAACUCCAUCACACAGGGUCCAAAAUCUGGAUAAACAUUUAUUGAACACUCUAAAACUAAAUUAUUACAUUUUUAAAACCAUAACUUUUUAUCAUAAUCAUGAAUA